GCUCUGAGCAGCAGUCUGUACAAGAGUGCAUCGCCCUAUGGCUCUCUUAAUAACAUUGUGGAUGGGUUAAGCUCCCUCACUGAGCAUUUCUCUGACCUAUCCCUUUCUUCAGAAGCCAGAAAACCCAGCAAGAGGCCACCUCCUAACUAUCUGUGCCACCUCUGUUUUAACAAGGGACACUACAUCAAAGACUGCCCACAGGCUCGUCCAAAAGGAGAAGGCCUGACUCCAUACCAGGGCAAGAAACGCUGCUUCGGUGAAUACAAGUGCCCCAAGUGCAAGAGAAAAUGGAUGAGUGGAAACUCCUGGGCUAACAUGGGACAAGAAUGUAUCAAGUGCCACAUUAAUGUUUAUCCUCACAAACAGAGACCCCUGGAAAAGCCGGACGGCCUGGAUGUUUCCGAUCAGAGCAAAGAACAUCCCCAGCAUCUGUGUGAGAAGUGCAAAGUUUUGGGCUAUUACUGCCGCCGUGUGCAAUAAACCUUCGGAGUGGCCUCUUCCCGUCCCCAUCAUCCUUAAAGAUCCUCUGGCAGCAUGCGAUCAACAGCAACACAACAAAUGGAGAUAAAAGCUAAAAUAAUUGCCAAUAUUGCCUAUCUAAUAAUAUGCCUUACCAUUAAUAGAAUGUCACAUUUCUCCUGUGCAUGCACAUGCAUGCAACAGGUAUUUACAGGACUAUGAUUGGUAUACAUAUAUAUAUAAAUUUACAUAUAUGUAUGUACACACACACGUUACUGACAGUGUUCACAACAGAACCACGGUUUCAGGUUCUGCUGAUUGUUUACACAGACCCUAUAUCAUGGCCAGGUGGAAUGAAGUACUAUUCAAUAGGCAAGGUAUAAUAUUCACAAGGAAUAUAUGUUAUAUGUAUGGCUUUUGUAGAGGUUAAGUAACUGUGGGGCCAGUAAUUGCAAGCACUCGCCCCUAACAUGAACAUUAUUCCUAUUGUAUGACAAGACAAAGGAAGAUGAAACAAGCCACAGCAUAAAAGAAGGAAAA